UUUCACCAAAUAUCUCCCAAACACCACAAAAUCUCUUCGACUUCGAGUCAGUGCAUUAUUUUGAUUACUUGUAAGAAAAUGGGUCAAAACACAUUUCUAAUGUUGAAGUUUGCAUUUGCUUAGCAAGGUCAGUCGUUUGGGUUCUUUGAACGUGUCGGACGAGCCGGUCUAGAAAGCAGAUUUUUUCACUGCUUUCCGUUAGAUUUAUCAAAGAAAUUCAAAUCAGUGCAAAAACAUGGACGUCCAACAACUCAAAAUCUUCAUAACAGAAAAUCCGGUUUUCCGCAGCUACAUGUUCUAUACAGCCAUAUUAACCUUAAAGAUGAUGUUUAUGUCGCUCCUCACCAUCAGACAAAGAGUCAUGAAUAACUCGUUUGUAAGUGAAGAAGAUGCGAUGUAUUUAAAAGGGAUGGUUUCGCGCACCAAUGAACACGUCGAAAGGGUGCGCAGGGGACAUAGGAAUGACAUGGAAAAUAUCUACUUGUUCUUUGUCAUCGGAUUUGCGUACAUUUGGACGGACCCAAGUCCGUUUUUCGCCAACCUUUUAUUUUUCAUUUUCACUGUUUCAAGAAUUAUACACACUUGCGUCUACACUGUUAUUAUAAUGCCCCAACCAAUCAGAGGACGGGCCUGGUUGAUAGGUUUUCUCAUCACUGGGUAUAUGGCAAUCAAAACGUUACUCCACUUUUGUUAAAAAUUAAUUUAAGUUGUACAAAAAAAUAAAUUUAUAUUUGGUAGGUUGUUAAUAAAUUCCAGUUUGAA